AUGGCUCCAUCUCGUAUCCCCAAGCCAGAUACCUCGUCCAACCUUGGAAAUGCUAUUUUAGCUGCAAAAGUCCGAAAGGAAAAGGCAGCUGCGAAAACAACGCUUAAGUCGCGUCUCCUUCAGCGUCGCCAGGGCAUCACUACAAACGAUGCACCAGAUUCCAGUUUCUGGGACAUCGAAGCAACGGAUAAUUCUGUUUCAAUGAAUCAGCAGCAGGCUUCUGAGGCAAAGUCUCACAACAACAACAAUGUUGAAGCGAGUGUUUGGGACCUCAUUGCGCAAGAGGAGGUCGCCCAUGGCAAGAAGAAGUCCUCCUCUAAAAUCCCUAUUAAGAAGAAUUCGCCCAGGCCAAAGUACAAGUCUACGAUCAAGGCUACAAGCAAACCCUCCAAGUCGGGUCCAGACGACGACUACAUACCUGACGAGUCUUCCCAGGUCAUCCCGAAGACCAAGAAAGCUGGGCAGCGUAAGCUGCCAGUUCGUAAGACCAAGAAGGCCAUGGCCACUCCUUCAUCCCCGGUUCUUGUGGCCACUCCUUCUCCGCUCUCCCAGCCUGUUGUCGAGGCUCAGGAUAAAACUUUAGUGGAGGCGGGGACACAGGAGCCAGAAACCAUUGUAAAGAAGCCUCGGCCAACGUAUUUCACUACGGCAGAGGCGAUUACAUUGGGUAUCGGGGCUCCUCUUGAACUUAGGAUGUCCCAGUCCAUUGCCAUCAAGGCAGUGGCGGUCCCCACCGAGGAUCCUGUCAGACACUACUCACCUCCUCAGAGCCCCGUUGAUACCUCGAUGGGCGUCCUCGAGGACACUACGCUCGUUCCCGGCGGGCUUGAAGCUGAGCCCACAGUUUAG